GUCAAAGAGUGAAACCAGACAACGUUAACAACGAUGACGGACGCACGCAGAACAGCCAGCAGUAACAAGGCAGGCACAAGUGUCUACAAUGACGUGAAGGAGUAUUAUGGAAAGACACUGAAGCAGACGUCCGAUCUGAAAAGCAAUGCCUGUGUUCCGUCUGCCAAACCUGUUCCUGCCUAUGUGAGAAAAGUGCUAGCUGAGGUCCAUCCAGAUGUCACAGCAAAGUACUAUGGCUGUGGUCUGGUGGUCCCUGAGUGUCUGGAGGGCUGCAGGGUGUUGGAUCUUGGCUGUGGGAGUGGUCGGGACUGCUACAUGCUCAGUAAACUAGUAGGAGAGAGGGGACACGUUACAGGGAUUGACAUGACUGAAGAUCAGCUUGAGGUGGCCCGGAAGUACAUCGACUACCACAUGCAAAGAUUUGGUUAUAAAAAGCCAAAUGUGAAUUUUGUUCAUGGGUACAUUGAGGCCUUGGUAAAAGCAGGUCUGGAGGAGAAAUCAUAUGAUAUCAUAAUAUCAAAUUGUGUAUUGAACCUUUCACCAGAUAAAACCAGUGUGCUGAGGGAGGCUUACUGUGUACUGAAGGAUGGAGGAGAAUUGUACUUCAGUGAUGUUUAUAGUGAUGCUAGAAUCUCAGAAGACCUCAAGGCCAACAAAGUGUUAUGGGGUGAGUGCCUCAGUGGAGCAUUGUGGUGGGAAGACCUGAUACGACUAGCUGAAGAAGUUGGGUUCAGCAAACCCCGCCUGGUAACUGCCAGUAUCAUCACUGUGGACAACAAGGAGCUAGAGAAACUUCUUGGUGACUACAAAUUUGUGUCUGCCACAUACCGACUCUUCAAGUUACCAAAAAGUGCAGAGAAGAGGCCCUGUCUGGUCAUGUACAAUGGAAACAUCACAGGAGUGGAGGAAAGCUUUGAGUUUGAUGCCCAGUAUACCUUUAAGGUAAAUGAAGUGAUGGAAGUGGAUGGUGAUGUGGCCAGCAUCUUGAACAACUCCAGAUUUUCAGAGGAAUUUGCAUGUCAGCCUCAGGGGGUGAAAAUCUCUGCAUCUGGAAGCUGCAGUGCCAAACCCAAGGCUGUGUCAAUUAAUAAUCCCUUUGAACUGGUCAAGCAGUUGGGGAGUGCAAGUAUAACUCCAUCCACUGGAGGGUACUGUCUAGGCCAGGAAUCAUGCUGCAAGUGACUAUCUGAAAAUGUAAAGAGAGCAAAUUAAUUGUUGUUAUUGUUAAUUGUAAUUUUGUAAAAAACAAAACAAAAACAAAUGUACAUAAAAAAUAAUACUGCAUUACAUGUGCAAGGGCAGCACUAAAAAAAAUAUUUUAAGAGGAAAUUUAAAAACAAUUCUCAAUUUAGUGAGACAUUUUACAUAAAUCUCUUUGCACAAAUCAUAUUGAUUUCACACAUUUAGCGAUAGCCAGGUCAUCACAAGUCUAUAGAUUUGCAUAAGUUUAAAGCAUACACUUAAUCUUUAUUGUAUCUUUAUUGUACUAAAGAAGUUCAAUAAACUAUAGUUUAUGUCUGGCAAUCCAAUCAUUUUUACAGUGCAAUGAUAAAAAUGUGUUUGAGCAGGUUACCUGGGUAUUACUAUCAAAGCUGAGCUGUAGGAUAUUCCUGAUCUCUGUGAUAUAAUUGUGAAUACAAUAUUUAAUGAUACUUUCAGAAAGUGUAAUGCCUCAUCCCUCAAAAUUCCAUGUGAGAAGAGGAACAAUCUUCUGCUGUUCUAGGACAAGUUUGUGUUCUUUGAAAAUGUUGAAGGCCAGAUUGUGACAUAUGCGUACUUGGGAACACACAGAAACAGAAAUUUCACAGAAUUACUUCAAAGCGAUUACUUUUGUUUUCCCCCACUAGAGAGAACACGUCAAGUUAUGCUUUAAUGGUCUGAACAUGUGAAGUUUCUGAGUGAAGGCUGUGAGAUUGUGAAAUAGUAAGUCCAUAAUCAACCAGCUUUUUAUCUGGCUUGAUCUAUGAUCCCUGACAUAGGUAGGGAUGGUAUGGACAUGUUCCUACCAACUUUUAGAAAAUCAGAAAUGUCCCCACCAACAUAUGGGCAAUUUUACCACAUAGAAAACACUUUAACUUUAUACCACUUUUAUUUUCAUUUUAUUGAUUAUUAAAGUUUCUCAGUAUCAUAAUUAAUGUUUCAAUUAUUGGAGCAGCACAGAAACUGCAUUGUCACAUGCACCUGUUACUUUUCUCAACGCUGUUCAGAAUGCACCAAUCACAGUCAUAUUUUUUAUUAUUAUUAUUAUUUAUUUUAUUCUGGAGAUUACACGGGCGAAUUUCCAUUUGUAUUUUAGGUCCAAUCCUUGAAAUUAAUAGAUUUAAACAAGCAUACUUUUUGUGUACAAAUGUUUUCUGCCUAAAACAAAAAACAUCCUGAGUUUUGCAUGCGGCCCAAUGGAGGAUUCUGUUUUUACGGCUGGUAAGCACCUUCUAAAGGAAGACGUCUUUGAAUUUGAAUGACUGUGGCAGGUAAGGGGGUGAAAUAUGUGGAAGUGAGGGGACUUGGAAAGUAGAAAGUGGGGGAAAAUGUAAAUUCUCCCCAUAAUUUAUCUAUCUUGAGAUGUCAUUUUGCACAUGUAGCCUAACUUAAUUUAGCCCAGCUUUUGUUUAGAUUUCCAUUUGUUUAAUGCUGUAUAAUACAGUUUAGAGAAUAUGGAAUCAAAAUCCUGUCAAAAGUAUUGCGGUCACGGAUCCAAAAAUAAUAAGCGCAGCUCAAAAUAAUUAGUGCCGAUCAAAAAAUAACAAGCAUGGAUCAAAAAUAUAUAAACACAUUUAAAAUAUAAUGCAAAACAAAAAACAACAACAAAAAAAAAAACAAUUAAAGCAAAGUCAUAAGAAUUGCAAACAAAGUCAUGUUUUCCUUGGUUAUAUUACUGUCUUUUGUGCUCUCUGACAAUUUUGCUCAUAUUUAAAAAAAUGUUUUAGCUUACGCUGUAUUUUUCUUUGCUUUUGUUUCCAAGUUGUGAGCUUGGUUUUCCAAAACUUGUGAGUAGAGUUUCAUGUAAAUCAGGUUUUGUUUUGCGUCCCUAUUGGUCCACUAGUUCUUGUUCGAUAGCUCCUCCUCUAGCCUAUCAUUCGAAUAGGGGAGGUGACCUCACUCCAGUGCAACUCCGACGGCUGCUGCUCAGUAUUAUAUAUUAUUUGUGGUUGAAGGAUAAGCUGCUUGCGUUUGUUUUGAGUAUUUUCUGCCAGCUCGAGGAAACAAUGUGUUGUCCGAGUAGGCCAUUACUAUAGUCCGUUAACACAUGUACUGAGUCAGCUGAAUUUAUUUAGCAGAGUCUUUAGUUUAGGCAUUAUUUAAGACUUCCUUUUUUAUAGGUUAUUGGCUGCAUAUCUAAAAAAAAACUAAAAAACAAAACAAGGCUGGGUUGGUGUGGAUGUUUGAUGCAUGUUUUUACUAGCUGUACCAAUGUAGUCGUAUGUUCAGAUCCCAACUUGAUCCGCUUUUCCAUGAAAUAAAAUCCAGAUCCCAACACCAAGGCCUAUCACAAUACUGAUGAAUAUAGAAAUGCUUACAUAUAAUUGGACUUUUUUAUAAUUUAAUAUAUAAAAAAUCUAAAAGGUGUGCAUUAUUGCUGACACCUACAUGCACACUUUGAAGUUGGUUGUAUGACUGUAAGUCUUUUGCUUCAAGUUUUACUGAAGUUGUAUACUCUAUGUUAUAGAAAUGUUUGUAAAUGUUUUGGAUAUGUAUGCUCCAAUGUUGCCUGUAUCUCUAGAGACGGUCCCUAAAUUUGCAACUAUUUGUGAAUAAAGAAUAUCCAACAUCAAGCCAACUUUAUUGCA